AUGCCCCAAUCGGAAAAUUUCGGCGCUGACCUUCCUAUGGAUGAACCCAGGAAAAACAACAGCGACAACCAACCGAAGUACGACGGUGCAAAAUCCAGAUUCCACCGCGGUUGUACCACCGACCACGAUCGAACCAAAUCCGCAAUAAACGCACAAAACCGUGAUGGAAGAUUACCUCCAAAAAUGAGGUGA